AUGAGGCUAGCGAGGCCGUAUUCGGGGGUGUUCAGGGGCGGGGCGACGGCGCGGACGGGGCCGCACGCGCUGCCGCUGGCGCGGAUCAAGAAGAUCAUGAAGCGGUCGGCAGGAGACGGCAGCGGCGGCGACGGCACCGGGGCGAGGAUGAUCUCGGGCGAGGCGCCCGUGGUGUUCUCCAGGGCCUGCGAGCUCUUCGUCGCCGAGCUCACGCGCGCCGCCUGGGCCGCCACGCUCGACGGCAAGCGCCGCACCGUGCACCGGGAGGACGUCGCGCAGGCCGUCCGGGACACCGACCUCUUCGACUUCCUCGUCGACGUCGUCAAGGACGAUGCUGGCCAUGAAGACGGUGGUGAUGGUGUUGUCGGUGCUGGGGCCGGCGAAGGCGAAGGCCGAGCGCCGGCGUGUGACGAUGGCGACGGCGUGCUUUGA